AUGGAUAAACUCAUCCAGGUAUUGAAUCAACCGCCACUGAAAAAUGACUUAGAUGAGGCAUACCUUAGUCGCUUAAUUAAAGACCUUAAACGCAUUCAAGAGUAUACCAAACAAGCAGAGAAAGCUAUAGAGUCGUUUGACAAAAUCGAGUCUGUCUCCAUCGAGAAGCAUAUCAUAGCUUUAUAUGAUUCCUACGGCAGCAUUCCUUACACACCAGAAAAGAAUGAUACAAUUGCAACAGCUGCAACCUCAGUAAUUCUUGAGGAAAUGAUUCAAGAGAAGCAGAAGGAGAUCGCACAACCUUGUGAGGAAAGCAAAAAGGCCGAAUUUGAUUUCACGGGGAAUAUAGAUGAAUUGAAGAAACAGAGAGCUACACGAUUAGAGCAGAUUAAAGAAUUGAGCUUAGCAAUAGAUCGAGAAUUCCUUUCACCAUUGCCUUCGAAAUGGGCCGAGUCGUUGGAACUACAGCGGACUCUUUCCAGUUACUUGAAAAAAGUUCUAAUUAAAUACCUUGCAAUAUCAGAUCGCACAUCAGGAUCGGUUAAUAAUAAAGACCAAUGCGACAGAGAACAGCCUUGUAAGACAUGUCACCGAUUAAAACGGGAUUGCCUGUAUACAUUGGCAAUGGAGUCAAAAGAUGCCUCGAAAUCGAGAUCAAGACAAGGUGCAAGCAAUUCGAUCUCAAUUGUUGAAAUACCGCCAAUAAAAUCAGAGAACGAGUCUUGGGUAGGAAGAAGGGCAUCCAACUAUGUAACACCGGGGUCUUCAACAAGUCCUCAAUCCUUAGGUAGCAUAAAUACAGACCAAGCGGCCGACUUGUACCAAAGCGAGGCGCAAAACGACCCCAAUUUAAGCGAAGUCAAUUUCCUCAAGCAAAGAGUACAAGAAUUAGAGAAUCAACUAAAGACUGAACGUCUAUCUAAUUGGAACAGAUCAAGCUCGAUUCCCCCCACCACGUGGCCAAGGUCGGCUACUACCCCAACACCUGGUCAAACCAACUUUAACUACAGCUUUACCGACGGAAAGCCAUUAUUGUUGUCAGAUAGGCCGUUUCCAUAUAUGCUUUUGAUGAGGCGUGAAGGGGGAUCAAAGUUGUUGUAUAAUCUUUUGGCACGAGAUGGAGAGAAAGAUGGACACUUGCUUACGUCGUCUAUUUUGCUUUGUGAGCUCAAUGAUAUUAGAACAAGAGAGAUUAAGGAGAAGGCUCGAAUGAUGCUUGGUGACUAUUAUAUUCCAUUUCAAGGAGAAGAAACUACAAAUAUCGAAGAAUUGAAAAGAAAGAUUGCCUUGAAUCACUAUGGAUUGCAAUUUAUUCCACCCGAGGUGGACUUGAGAGACCCCAUUGCUUGUUACUUUAGCUUAAUACCACCAGCAUGGGUAAGUAAAAAACUCCUUGACAUUUACUUUCAAGCACUAUACCCAUUCAUGCCAAUUAUAGAUGAGCAAGAGUUUAGGUCCGCAUUGAGUAGAAUUUUGGGACCGCAAAUAAAUGACAACUACAUCAAUACCUUCCCAAAUGUCGAUUCAUCUGACGAUUUGGCCAUAUUGGCAAUACUAUUAAUUGUGCUAAGGUCAACAUAUUUGUCUCUAUGGGACUUGCAUGGGAACAGCCUAUCACUGCUAAGCCAGUACCUGGUGACUUAUGAUGCGGUUAGAGCAGCAGAGACCAUAUUAAAAGAGUUUGACUUAACCUAUCGACAGAGCUUGACUGUUGUACAAGCAGGGCUAAUGUAUAGAUCCUAUGUGAUUAUUGCACCAGAAGCAUUUUUCACGGGAAGUACCGCACAAGUCAAGUUGGGACCUAUUAUUCAGCUUUGCUACGCUCUUGGAUUGAACAGAGAUCCAGCUUGCUUCAAAGACCAGACCCCGAAGAUGCAAAAUCUACGUCGUAAAAUAUGGCAUUUUGUCGUUCGAGUCGAUAUCGCUUGUUCAGGAAUUUUUGGAACCACAUUAUCAACAGACGUUCUCACAUAUGAUUGCCCCUUACCUGAAUUUCUGAUCGAGGCAGUAAAUUGCUUUGAUCUCAAGAUGGAGAAAGACAUUGUUGACUCAUUUCAUCGAUCUCACGAAGUGUACUUGACGUGCAGAAAGUUGGCAGAUUAUCAUUUGAUUGCAAGUGAUAUCUUCCAAGUAGAUCAGGUGAUUAAAGUGGUGGAGGGGUUGGAGUUGACAUUAACCAAAGCAUUUGGAAAUGUAAAGCCAUUGUUCAACCAACCCCUUGCCGGGUUUAUGGACGUUUUUCUGAUGCAGGUUUACAUGGAAAUGAAACCAUUCAUAGCGUACACAUGUUAUUGCCUACAUCUCUAUUACGAAAGCCAGUCUAACCACCUUUUGCUGUCAAAAUACUUUCUUAAAACAAUGACAAUAUUGUUGCAGGAUUUGGGUGAUUUAAAUACAUAUAUCUUUCUGAAUGCCAAUUCAAGUUUCAAUAUGUUGCUCCUGGCCAAAUUUACUGAGUUUUAUUUGCACUUUAAUUUAAUGGUCUUUACUGGCAUCAGAUUGAGGUUGAAAUGCUAUAUGCAUUUAAAGUCAUCCACUUCAGACAAUGGUGAAAAGAGUAUUGAGCAUGAGAUUCUCUACAAGUUAGAGAACCAAUUGAAAAUAUACACGCAUGCUCAGGCUAUCAAACUUGGAGAACUAGCAAAAAAAUACAGGUACUCACUAGUGUUGAGAGGGAUGCAUAUGAUUACGAUAAAGUUGUGCGAUCAAUUUCAAUACUUGUUAUCAGCCAAUGACACCCAAGCUGUCAAAGAGGCUGCAAUCAAGUUACCACUUGAAGUGUUGCAAAAAUUUAGUCAAAAGCUUGAUGUGUACCAAUUAACCAAAACUGGUAAACUAUUUGACUUCAGUGACGAAGGUCUAAUUGCUGAAAUGAGUAGGCAGAAUUUGUGGUCCCAAUUAAAGAUGAUUGAAACUGAAGAAACUGUUACUAGCGCGUGGAUUGAGAAGACGAAAAAGUUUAACAGGUUUGCCGAGGAUAUGAAGCUUGGCUUCAGUUACAAUCUAGGCUUUGAUUUAUCGUCAAAUGGCCUAGACCUAUUUUCAAGUUGA